UAAGUGACAACAGGAGCUAACUUGUUUCGUGGACAUUCUGCAACUACAGUAUAAAUGGGGGGUGAAUGAGCGAGCAAUGUGCAGCUGUGUGCGAUUUGGGCUGAUGAUUCAGGACUUUUUCCACUAUGGCCUGGAUCAGAAUCUUGGCAGUGUCUCAAAAGCGCAACAACAAAACUGUUGAUGCUACAAACCCAUGGUGGAGGUUUAUAAAACAGGCAAGGCCAACUGUGCUUCAGUUAUCACCCGAGGAAGGACUGCACCCCACAACCAGGAUGAGUAAGAUCAUAUUUUACGAGGAUAAGAACUUUCAGGGCCGCUCAUAUGAGUGUGAGACCGAUUGCCCAGACAUGCAGCCCCACUUCACCCGCUGCAACUCCGUCCGAGUUGACAGCGGAUGCUGGGUUUUGUACGAGAAACCCAAUUAUACAGGAUACCAGUACGUUCUGACCCGUGGAGAAUAUCCCGAAUACCAGCGCUGGAUGGGCUACAACGACUCAGUUCGGUCUUGCAGGACCUUCUCUUAUAACCGCGGGGGGCAGUACCGUAUCCGCAUCUACGAGCGUCCUGACUUCCAGGGCCAGAUGAUGGAAUUCAGCGACGACUGCGAGUCGGUGCAAGAUCGUUUCCGCCACAGGGACAUCUACUCCUGCAACGUGAUGGACGGCUACUGGACCAUGUACGAGCAUCCAAGCUAUAGGGGGCGCCAAUACUUCAUGCGUCCUGGCGAGUACAGGAAGUUCAACGAAUGGGGCGCAGCGUGUGCCACCACUGGCUCCUUCCGCAGGAUAACCGAGUUUUAAACGACCAGUGGUCUUUCUGUCCAUGUAAUAAACUUCACAAUUAAAUAAAAGAGCACAAAUAAAGCAACUUGGCCUGUUUAUAUU